AAAUUUUUCGCGGUCCGGCAGGAAAUUUCCGCGAACCCAAGGUUGAAGAAUACUGAAUGUGUAUUGGCAACACUUAAAAUUCAAUUUGUCAUGUGUUUCUCCAUCGAAGACCACGUGUAUAUUGUUUAAGAGAAGUUGAAAUCUUGAAGCAUGUCGUUGUUUAUUCGUCAUCCUCCUAAAACUGCUUCUAAACGUGGGAAAAGAAAGAUAAAUGGAAAAUUAGGAAGUAAAAAAGUGGAAACAUCAAAACAAAAGUUAGCAAAGGAUGAAGUAAUAUCUAGUGAUUCUGAUUUGAGUGAUAUUGACGAGAAAAAUAAACUAGAUUUUGUAAGUGAUGAAGAAGAAACAGUUCAAGAAAAGAGACUUCGUAUUGCUAAAAAAUAUUUAGAAGAAAUUGAAAAAGAAGAAGCAGCAAAAGCAGAUAAAGAUGAUAUUGAUGAAGAUAUUGUCUCACAUCGGUUAAGGAAGGAUGUGUUGAAACAGGCAGGACGAUUACAAGAGAAGAUUGCAGACAAAUAUGACUUCACUGAAUCUGAAAUUAUCCAUAUCAUGAAAGGACAUAAACUACCUGUGACUUGUUUAGCAGUAACAUCAAAUCAGAAAUAUAUUUUUAGUGGUUCUAAAGAUUGCUCUAUAAUAAAAUGGUGUCUUCAAACAGGAAAGCGUUUAAAGACAAUUCAUGGAGGAAGAAAAGGAACAGAAGAACAACAUGUAGGACAUACUGAUCAUGUUCUUUGUCUUGCUGUCUCUUCAGAUAGUAAAUAUUUGGCUUCAGGAGGCAGAAAUAAUUUAAUUCAUAUUUGGAAUGUUGAAACAAUGGAGAAACUUCACACAUUUAAAGGACACAAAGAUGCUAUCUCGGGUCUUGUUUUUCAAAAAGGAACUCAUCAAUUAAUUAGCACUUCAUUUGAUAGGUCUGUGAAACUUUGGAAUUUAGAUGAAAUGACUUAUAUAGAAACAUUAUUUGGUCACCAAGAUGUUAUAACUGGAGUUGAUGCAACAAUGCAGGAAAGAGCACUUACAUCUGGAGGGAGAGAUAACACAUUAAGAAUUUGGAAAAUUGUAGAGGAAUCACAAUUAGUUUUCCAAGGAGAUGGGUCUUCAAUAGAAAGAUGUUGUUUGAUAAAUGAUCAACAUUUUCUUUCAGGAAGUGACAAUGGUUCUAUUGCUGUUUGGGGUAUACAAAAGAAAAAGCCAUUAAAUGUAAUUUCUAAAGCUCAUGGAGUAAAUGAAAUAAAUGGAGAGCCCAAUUGGAUUACUUCACUGACUGCUUUGCAGAAUACUGAUAUUGCUGCUUCAGGUUCACAAGAUGGAAAAUUAAGGUUAUGGAAAUGGGAAGAUAAAGUUUUAACUCCUUUACAUGAAAUACCAUUGGUUGGAUUUAUUAACGAUAUUAAAUUUAUGCCAUCUGGUGACUAUUUAGUUGCAGGCAUAGGACAAGAACACAGAUUGGGCAGAUGGUGGAGAUUAAAAAAUGCAAAAAAUGUUGUUGUAGUAAUAAAAUUAAAAAGACUUUAAAUUAUAUAUCCUCUA